CGAACAAAUAACACGUCUCUUUUUAAUUUAUCGAAUUGAAUCCAAUUCAUAACAAAAUUUGAACCGAAAACCAAAAAUUUGGUUUGGUUUGUUCGGUUCAUAAGUGAUUGGAUCGGCUAUAAAUGGUCUCGAACCGGGAAAAAAUGAGAUACGAACGAAAUUUCAAAGGUCUUCUUUCUCCGGCGGAUUCGUCGUAAUCGAAAAUGGCAGCAGCAGAGGAUUCAGAGGUCUCUACGGCGAAUUCUUUCGGCGCUGUCGUUCUAGGCGGUACUUUUGAUCGAUUGCACGAUGGGCAUCGCACUUUCCUCAAGGCGGCGGCGGAACUGGCCAGGGAACGAUUAGUUGUUGGAGUAUGUGAUGGCCCUAUGUUGACGAACAAGCAAUUCUCUGAGAUGAUACAACCAAUUGAAGAAAGGAUGCGUAAUGUGGAGAACUAUGUCAAGUCUAUCAAACCUGGGCUGGUUGUGCAAACCGAGCCCAUUACUGAUCCAUAUGGACCUUCUAUUGUCGAUUAAACUUUGGAAGCUAUUGUAGUCAGCAAAGAGACGUUACCUGGUGGUUUGUCAGUUAACAGAAAGAGAGCAGAGAGGGGUCUUUCUCAACUCAAGAUUGAGAUUGUUGAAAUAGUUUCUGAUGGAUCAAGUGGGGAUAAGAUAAGUUCGACUACUUUGAGGAAGUUAGAGGCUGAGACACAAAAGCAACAUGCUGAACAAGAAGCAUCAUGAACUUGGAACAUGUAAAGAUCAACUUUGUUUGUAGCUUUUGAAUAUGUUUGUUUUUAUAUUGACUGAAAAUGUUCAAUGAAAAAGGUAAACGCUUUGUAUACAUUUGGCAGACACGGCAGCGUAUUGAAAACAAAAUUCUGAAAGCUUCCAUAAACUUCUGAUUCCAGUUCUGAUUCCGAACCACAUCCUUACAAUAAUGUUAUUGUGUUGUUGGUUUUAUAGUAUGAUUGUUUGAGCGUUUAGUACUACAUUUAUAAUUUCUUUGUGUAUUGUGUGGGUAUUGAUCAUGGCAAGAUGAUUCUUCAUUCUGAUUUGCAUUGUUUCCAGUAUAUGUUCAAUCCUGUUAAAUGAAGAUGUUGAAAUGUUCAUGUCCAA